UAGGUGUUGGGCUGCAAAGAUAUCUACUCAUGGUGUUUACCUUCCUCAUAUAGUAUCAGACAUCAGAUUCAUCAUCAAACAGCGGUUGAGGAACAACCUGACCCAUUCUCACUUGUUGCAGAUGAGCUAUCCGUACUUGCUAACAAAUUGCGAUCAAUGGUUAUUGCUGAGGUCCCAAAACUUGCCUCGGCUGCUGAAUAUUUUUUUAAAAUGGGCGUGGAAGGGAAAAGGUUUCGCCCUACAGUUUUACUUUUAAUGGCUGGUGCUUUGCAUAUGCCUCUGCCAGAACCAACUGAUGGUAGUGUAGGUGAUGCAGUGUCUUUGGAACUACGUACAAGACAGCAGUGCAUAGCUGAGAUCACAGAGAUGAUUCAUGUUGCAAGCCUUCUUCAUGAUGAUGUCUUGGAUGAUGCAGCCACAAGACGUGGUAUUGGUUCAUUAAAUUUUAUCAUGGGAAACAAGUUGGCAGUUUUAGCUGGGGAUUUUCUCCUUUCUCGAGCUUGUGUGGCACUUGCAUCCUUGAAAAACAGAGAGGUUGUAUCAUUGUUAGCAACAGUAGUAGAGCAUCUCUCGUGCCCAUUGAAGAAUCCAGGCGAUGUCGCCAAGAACCUGCAAAGGAAAAGUGCAAGCGUGAUUGACGUGGGGGCUCGCUGGCCGCAGGACGUGAGCUUUUGUAAAACAACAAAAUUAAACAUCCUCAACUUCCAUUCCCCAUAAAAUUUAUAGUACAUGGAGAGAAAACAUGCACCUAAAUAGGCAACUACAAUCAAGUGAAAGAUUUCGAAAAGUGAAAUCGCAUUCACUCCCUUCAGCCUAAUACAAGGCAACCCUAGUUUGUAUGAUACUAUCACAGGACCAAAAUUUUAGAGGAUUAAAUAGGCAGCAACCCAACCGCUAGCGCUACCCUAUAGCUUACUCACCAGACAAACACACACAAUCACACACCAUACCCAGCCCCACGUCAGCAAACAGCAAUCACCACAAAAUAGA